AUGGACAACCAUCGGGGCCAAGGAGACCACCGCCGCACUCCGACCCACGCUGGAGGUGGAGACCACUCAUCUUCUGUUCGUCACCUUGAAGAUCGGGUUCAUCUUCCCUUCCCUCCGCAGGGUUUCUAUCCCCCGCAGGUGGUCCUCCCUCCACAGGUUUUCUAUCCCCUACAGGGGGACUACCGUCCGCAGGGUUUCUAUCCCCCGCAGGUGGAUUACCUUCCGCAGGGGGACUACCGUCCGCAGGGGGACUACCGUCCGCAGGGGGACUACCGUCCGCAGGGUUUCUAUCCCCCGCAGGUGGACAACCGUCCGCAGGGUCUCUACCCUCCGCAGGGUUUCUAUCCCCCACAGGUGGACUACCUUCCGCAGGGGGACUACCGUCCGCAGGGUUUCUAUCCCCCACAGGUGGACCACCUUCCGCAGGGGGACUACCGUCCGCAGGGUUUCUAUCCCCCACAGGUGGACCACCUUCCGCAGGGGGACUACCGUCCGCAGGGUUUCUAUCCCCCACAGGGGGACUACCGUCCGCAGGGUUUCUAUCCCCCGCAAGUGGACUACCUCCCGCACGGUCUCUACCGUCCGCAGGGUUUCUAUCCCCCACAGGUGGACCACCUUCCGCAGGGGGACUACCGUCCGCAGGGUUUCUAUCCCCCACAGGUGGACCACCUUCCGCAGGGGGACUACCGUCCGCAGGGUUUCUAUCCGCAAGUGGACUACCUUCCUCAGGGCUUCUACCCCCCUCAGGUGGACGACCCUCAGCUGGUGGUUCUCCCUCCGCAGGCGGCUGUCGUGGAUCCUGCACCUUCCUCUCCGGCUCCCACGUCUCCCUCUUCUUCCUGCUCUUCUGAUUUUUCCGCCUCAGAUUUCCAGAGUCCUGAGGAGUUCCUGAACUUUUUUGUACAUACUCUGGAUUCAGCUCCUGCCUCCCCCAGUACUUCUCCUCCUCAGGUUCCUGCUAGUCAUGGUGGAGCCGCCUCUUCCCCUCCUGUUUCUGCCCCUCCUCCUUUUCUUUCCUCCCCAUCAGGUCCUGCCUCUCCCUCUUCUCCCGAUGCGCCUUCCUCAUCUUCUUUUUCUGCCUCUGAUUUCCAGAGCCUUGAGGAGUUCCUGGACUUUUUUGUGCAGACUCUAGAUCCAGCUCCUGCCUCCCCCACGGUUUCUCCUCUCCAGGUUCCUCUCAUCCUCGGUGCAGCUGUCGUCUCUCCUCCUGGCAGUGCUCCUCCUUCUCCCCUCUUUGCCUCCCCCUCACACUCUUCCUCCCCAGAUCCAGAGGAGUUGGUUUUAGGUCCAGACCUCCCUUCUCCCUCUGUGUCAGAUGUCCGUGACCCAGAUUGCCCAACAGUUCCUAACACUGUUUCUCCCACUCCCUCUUCUUCCCACAAACGCAGCAGGUCCGAGUGCUCUGCUGAGAACAGCUCCAAGAGGCGGCGCUGCUCGUCUCCUGCUCCUGCCUUCUCCCCUUCUCCCCUCUCCCCCUCUUCUUCCUCCCGCUCUCCUUCGUCCUAA